AUGGGUGGGAGGCGAGGAGGAGGAGGAGGCGGGUCUCGCGCGUCUCGGCGAUGCGCGGCCCGUGGGCCGGGUCGCGUCGCUGCUGGAUGGAGGCACCCACUGCACCAAGAUGCCCGCGUCGCUGUCUCGGCUGAGCGAUCCGCGGUUAAACCCGGAAUCAGGGGAUCAAUAACAACAAUAACAACAGCGUCCUCGUCAACAUUCACGACAAACAACGACGACGAGCACGAGGGAGAAGUGGAGGAGGAGGAGGAGGAGAGAAUCUCAGCGGUGCCGGGAGAGAGAACGAGGAGAGUGAACGAGGAGGGAGGAGGAGAGAUCAUGGCGAGGUGCAGCGGUCGCUGUUCUCUGCUGUUCGUGUGCGCCGUGCAGCUGGUGGUGACGCUGGAGCGCCAGGUGUUCGACUUCCUCGGGUACCAGUGGGCGCCCAUCCUCGCCAACUUCCUGCACAUCCUGGCCGUCAUCCUCGGCCUCUUUGGGGUCCUGCAGUUCCGCCCUCGCUACCUGGGCCUGUACGCCGUGUGGACAGUCCUGUGGCUCACGUGGAACAUCUUCCUCAUCUGCUUCUACCUGGAGGUCGGCGGGCUGUCCAAGGACAGCGACGUGCUGACGCUCCACGCGUCGAUCCACCGCUCGUGGUGGCGCGAGAACGGCCCCGGGUGCCGCGUGACGCCCGUGGAGCCGCCCCCCGGCCGGGAGAGCCGUGGCCUCGCCUACAUCUCGGUGCCGGGCUGCCUGCUCGAGUACCAGUACCUGGAGGUGGUGCACGCCGGCCUGCACAUCGUCCUCGCCCUGAUGGGCUUCGUCUACGCCUGCUAUCUCAUCAACGCCUUCACCGAGGAGGAGGACAGCUUCGACUUCAUCGGAGGGUUCGACUCGUACCCGACGUCCUACCAAGCCCCGCAGAAGCCGUCGAGUCUGCAGCUGCAGCCCAUGUACAUGUGACCUGCUCCGCGGGGCUCGCCGCCCAACACGCUCAGCCGAGUGAGACCCGCUCGCACGCACGCAGCUCGCGCGCGUGCCUGUGGACGUCGGAGCUCACCACCAGCCCGUCGGCCGUAUGGUCGCCACUUCUGAGACACAACGAACCGAGACUCUUUGCCAGAAGGAUAACAUCUCACGAUUCCGGAAGAGCGGGAGGACUACGUGUAAAAAUGCGUCGUCUCGAGCGGUGCGUCGACAUCGCUGCUGUUGUUAUUAUUGCACAGCUGACACAAAGCGGGAGCAUUCAUGUCUCGGGAAGACCGACAUAUUUCAUGGGGACGGCCACUGCGACGAGAGGGCGCCCGAGGCAAACCGGCACAGGCGGCAACCUCGAUUGGACAUGACGGGCAGAAGAGUUGGUGCCUGCAGAUGUCGAGCGCUCGCCGGCGCUCGUCGAGAGAGAGAGACGGAGCAAAUGGCGGGGCGUGCAGACACGCCGAGGGCGCUGGAAGCGACGCGUGGACUUGCGAGCCGUGCGAUCGAGGCAUCGCGAGAGGUCGGCGACACGGCUUCCCCACCUCCCGAGGUGGAUCAUCGUCGUCAUCCUCAUCAGUCCAUGUUCCACUCAAUUCUGGAUAAAUGCCUCCCCCCACCAAGGCGUCGUUGCAUCUCUCGGGCUUGCGACGCAACAACCCAUACGGCUCCGAAAUUCGCCGCCGCCGCUCCUCCUCCGCCUCUGCGGCGGACGUCCUCUCGGGGCGCGUUCCCCUCUUCCUUUGGCCGCCACUCCGUCGUCAGUCUCGACCAGUCGGCCCUCAUCGGGCCGCGACGCGUCCUGGACUUGCGCGAUGGCAACACGCCGUCGCGUUGGCGACACGCCGUCGGAAUUCCGCACGGCGCCGGGUUCAUCUCUUUGAAAGUCUGUGAUCGUGUUUCCUCGUCGAGGUGUUUUGCCGAGAUCGUCGUGUGCUGUCGUUUGGUGUGCGCAGGUCUUUAUGAUUACGUGGCGCGAGAGAGCAGCGGCAGUCGGGUCCGUGUUAGGAAUUCACCACCAUAGCCACUUAGCAGCAAAAUAUAAGACCCUCGUUAAUGAAUAUUAGCCGGCCACCCUCCACGUCCAGCGAGAACCCGUGCUGAGGCUCAUCAGAUGCGUACAUUCAGCUGCUUCAUGUACGUACCGUACGUUGAACUUCUUUCGCACCAUACGUAGCCAACCGUGCUAAUCGGAGGUGUGGGGAAGGACAACAAACUAAACGCAGUUCCAUGUAGCAGGUAGAGGUGCAUCCCUGCAAUACCUUGCUCACGUCACUGCCUGUGGAAGGGAAUCCACUUAGAUGGGACUCUAGAGAAGAGGGUAUUUGAUCUACAUGCCAUGGGCAUGUAGAUCAACCCUGCCCCUGGCCCAGCUUGGCCCCGAGCCAGAUUCAGAUGCCGUCGUCUUCACUUCGCAUUCAUACCGCGUUUCCCAAGAAGUUAGAUCUCAAGUUGGUCCACGACAAGGGGGAAUGCCCCCCCCCCCCGCCUCACCCCCCCCUGGUGGCAGCUGUCCCUUGAGGCACAAGGAGAAGUCGUCACCGGCCAGCGGGUGGGCAUUGCUCUGGCAGACGCCGUCUUGUGAGGCCAGAGCUUCACAGUUCGGCUCUGGCUCGGCUCGGCAAGCGGUGGGCGAAGCAACACCGUACGUACUGUGCGGGCCCUGUACCGGUGCGGCUUGGAUGUGCCAUUGGAGAAGAGGUACACGUGACCUUACGUUUCCGCUGUUACCAAGGUAACCAUCAUGCGCGAUGCUGCAUCAUGUUCCCAGGACUAGGGCCGGAUUAAGUCUAAGGUGGGGGGCCGAGGACUGGUAUAGUUUUGCCUGCCACCCCCCACCCCCUUUGUCCAUUCUAUUAAUUUCCUUGCCACGCCCAAUGAUGCCAAACACUUCCAUUGUUGUCCACCCUGUUUAUUCUACUUGUAACUAUUUUAAAAAAAAACGCGAUGCAGAAAUUGCGAAGCAAA